AUGGCCGACGAAGAGGAGCGCAUCAAAGCCGAGAAGCUAGCGGCUGCCAAGAAGAGGGUCGCUCAGCUGCAGAAGCAAAAGAAAAAGGCAAGCAAGAAGGCUGGUGGUGGUGGGGAUGCUCCUAAGGCAACGGCGGCAGCGGCAGCGGCUGAGGCCCCUGCGGAUGCUGUGUCGCCGCCGUCUUCGGCGGUAGCAUCAGAUUCCCCGGUUCUUGCGGAGGGGGUAGAGGCGCCAGUGGGGGAGGAUAAAACUGUCACUGCACCUGCUGCUGCGACGGGCGCGGUCGCAGCAGAAGCUGAAGCGGUGGUCGCAGCGGCGCCAGAGGCACCAGAACCAGUACCAGAAUUUGUACCAGCACCAGCAGAAAUACCAACAGAAGCAGAGGAGACAACCAUCACUGAGCAAGUAGACGAAUCCACGCCAGCGGGUACCACAGAACCAGAAGCCGAGCCCGAGCAAACAGAACUGCAGCCCGAAGACCCAGCACCAGAACCAGCAGCAGAAACACCAACACUAUCACCACCGCCGCAAACAGUCUCCCCCACCGAGCCCAUGCCCGACGCGCCUACAUCCCUCGGUCCAAUUGAAAGCGAAGCCCCCCCUGCCACUGCCCUCCCGACUCGUCCCGCCGGCCACGGCCGCCAACCUUCGCUGUCGAUUCAAUCCAAAAUGCGGUCCUCCUCGUUCCGGAAGGCAUCGGUGUCGCAGGGAAGCAACCAUAGCGUAUCGCCGUCGGCGGGGGCGGGGGCCAUGCUCAAGUCGCCUUCGCUGCCGCCGUUGAGUGCCGAUGGGGAGGCGGUGCAGGAGGUGUAUCGGAAGCAGGUUGCGCGGAUCGACGAGCUGGAGCGGGAGAAUAAGCGGUUGGAGAAGGAGCGGGAGGAGGCCGCGGGGCGGUGGAAGAAGUCGGAGGAGCAGUUGGAGGACCUGCGGGAGGCGAGCGUCGAUGUCGAGGAGUUGAAGGGGAGGUUGGGGAGGGCAGAGGAACAGGUUGCGCGGAUUGAGGAGCUUAAAGCAGAGAUUGCCUCCCUGCAACGACAGAACACGCACCUUCAGACGCGAACACACCGGAAUAAUGCAAGUGUGUCCGCUCCGGCGCAGUCCGAGUCACCGCCGGCCGAUCUGGUGAAGCAACUCGAGUCGAAGGCGGCGACGAUCGAGGCGAUGGAGCUGGAGAUCUCGAACCUGCGCGCGCAGCUCUCGUCGCAGUCUACUGCGAACAGUACGCAUGAGGCUCAGAUUGCGGCCUUGGAGGAGAAGCUAUCGAUAAGCGAGACCGCGCUGGAGAAGUCGCAGCGCGAGCUGGGAGAUACCAAGGCUGCCUUGACUCGGGCCUCGGAGAAGGCGGUCAAGGAGGGCGUCGACAAGACCUCCAGCGAGACUCUGAUCAAGAACCUUCAACGGGAGGUCGAAGAGUUGAAGCAGGAGAAGGCUGACGCAGACAAAAAGAUCGAGACUCUGGAGAAGAAACUUGAAGCGAUGGGCAAUCUGCACCGAGAGUCUGAAUCCCGCCACCAAGCACGUCUCCGCGAGAGCGAGAAGGUCGAGAAGGAAGCGGCGGUCUUGCGCAAGAGACUCGCCAGUGUGGAGAAUGAGAAUCUCCGGCUGAAGGAGGAACAAGAAACCCUCCGUAAGCGCGAGGCAGGCGGCGCUGACGACGAUGCGCUGGACGAACUCGAGGACGAGGAACGGUCCCGGCUGCAGCGGCGGAUUCGCGACCUGGAAGGUGAGGUCUUCGAUCUCCGGCGCGGGGUGUGGCAGGAGAAGCGCGAGGAGCUCGCCGGUGGAGCAACCGCAGGGGACGAAUACCCAUCUCCCUUCAGCGGGGCGCCCGACUCGGCGGCCAACACGUUCGACGAUGUGGACCUGACCGGCGGAUCAUCUGCAGACCACGCUCGCCGCCGCAGCAUGGCUCGGAACAAGUCCCACGGACAGCACUCGUCCUUCUCGACCGUGCUGUCGAGUGGCAUCGCUGCGUUCACGGGCGGGAGCAGCUUCUACGGGAACCGAGGCCGCGCUUCAUCGAACCAGCAGCCCGCUGGCACCCGGGGGAGCCUGGAGCUUCUCUCGGAAGAGAACCUGGACGACGAGUUCGAUGAGGCUGAGUUCGCGCGUGCGCAGGCGGAAGAAGAGGCGCGCAAGCGGGUCGAAUGGGUGCGGGAGAUCAAGCGGAAGCUCAAGGACUGGCAUGGAUGGCGGCUGGAUCUGGUGGACAGCCGGGCUGGUGCGGAGGGAGCCGGUGUAGGGAUGGGGGAGAUUUUCGAGAUCUAA